CGGGUAUUGGAGGUCAGAAGCAGGAGGAGGCAUGAGCCUGAAAUAUUUAGUGGAAAAUGUCAUAAAAGUGUCCAAAAGGAUGGACUAAAAUAGUUCUUUAGAAUUGUGUAAUUUACAAUAAUGUUUAUCACGUAUCAAUGUUGAGCGCUAAACUUCAUUGCAAGAAACGAGAGAAAAGCUCACGAACAAACGGAUUUAUUUCACCGUCCGUUUUGUCCUACAAAAAAGAGGCGCCGACUACAGUUUGACAGCGCAAAGUGAACUGCGCAGGCCUGGUAGUGGGUUCACUGCUGUAGGACAUUAUCUGAACGAAUAGAUGAUAUUUAUUAUAUAACAAGUACUUGCUUUGUGAAUAAAGAAACUGGUAACAAAUAUGAGGAAGGACGUCAGGAUAUUACUCGUCGGGGAACCUAAAGUGGGGAAGACAUCGCUGAUCAUGUCACUGGUCAGUGAGGAGUUCCCUGACGACGUUCCCCUUCGAGCGGAGGAGAUCACCAUCCCGGCAGACGUAACGCCAGAGAGGGUCCCCACACACAUAGUGGACUACUCAGAAGCAGAACAGUCUGAUGAGCAGUUGUAUCAAGAAAUAUCCAAGGCAAAUGUUAUUUGCAUAGUUUAUUCUGUGAACAAUAAGAAGUCUAUUGAGAAGGUGACAAGCCAUUGGAUUCCCCUCAUAAAUGACAGGACAGACAAAGAUAGCAGGGUACCACUGAUCCUGGUUGGUAAUAAGUCAGACCUGGUUGAACACAGCAGUAUGGAGACCAUCCUGCCCAUCAUGAACCAGUACUCUGACAUUGAGACCUGUGUGGAGUGCUCUGCCAAAAACCUGAAGAACAUUUCAGAGCUGUUCUACUACGCUCAGAAAGCAGUGCUCCACCCUACAGGACCCCUGUACUGCCCAGAGGAGAAGGAGAUGAAACCGUCCUGCAUCAAGGCUCUAACUCGCAUCUUCAAAGUGUCCGACCUGGACAACGAUGGCAUUCUUAAUGACAAUGAACUCAACUUCUUCCAGAGGACGUGUUUCAACACACCCCUGGCGCCCCAGGCCUUAGAGGACGUCAAGAAUGUGGUGAGGAAGAAUGUGACCGAUGGAGUCAAGAACAAUGGCCUCACGCUCAAAGGCUUCUUGUUCCUGCACACGCUCUUCAUCCAGAGGGGGCGUCAUGAGACCACCUGGACGGUCCUCCGGAGGUUUGGUUACGGUGAUGACCUGGAGCUCCAGCAGGAGUACCUGUUCCCCCUGUUGAAAAUUCCAGUGGACUGCACCACUGAGCUCAGUCACAACACGUACCUCUUCCUUCAGAGUGUCUUUGACAAGCAUGACAAAGACAGAGACUGUGCCCUUUCUCCAGAGGAGGUAAAGGACCUGUUUAAAGUUUUUCCCUACAUGCCAUGGGGUCCUGAUGUCAACAACACGGUGUGUACCAAUGACCAGGGCUGGAUCACAUACCAGGGAUAUCUGUCACAGUGGACGUUAACGACAUACCUGGAUGUUCAGCGCUGUUUGGAGUACCUUGGUUACCUUGGUUACUCCAUCAUCUGUGAGCAGGAGUCUCAGGCAGCAGCUAUCACAGUGACCCGUAACAAGCGCAUUGACCUGCAGAAGAAACAGACCCAGCGCAGCGUGUUUCGCUGUAACAUCCUGGGAGCCAGAGGGAGUGGCAAGACCAGCUUCCUGCAGGCCUUCCUGGGACGCAACCUGCAGAAACAGAGGAAGAUCAGAGAAGACCACAAGUCAUUCUACUCCAUCAACACCACAUAUGUCUAUGGUCAGGAGAAGUACCUACUGCUUCAUGAGGUGAUGCCAGACAUGGACUUCCUCUCAGAGGCAGACCUAGCGUGUGACGUUGUUUGUCUGGUGUAUGACGUCAACAACCCACGCUCCUUUGAGUACUGCGCCAAGAUUUACAAGCAAUACUUCAUGGACAGCAAGACCCCCUGCAUGGUGAUCGCCUCCAAGUCGGACCUGCACGAGGCACGCCAGCACUACAGUCUGACCCCGCUGGACUUCUGCCGCAAGCACAAGCUGCACCCGCCCCAGCCCUGGACCUGCAAUACGGUGGACGCGCCCGGCAAAGAGCUGUACACCAAACUCACCACCAUGGCCAUGUACCCCCACGCCAAGCUCCGCUGCAUGUGUUCCUGCAACUGGUGCACCUUUUGCAUCUGUCAGAACAUCCUUCGGUCGCAGCUACUGAGAACUAUAAAGGCCAAAUUCUACAGAGUCAUUCUGAACAGGUUAGGCGAUGUGUGGGCCUCUCUGUUGGCUGAUGAGGAGCGCAGCCUGAUCCAGCAGGUUCAUGGUGUCCGUAAUGUAGAGGAGUCCAUCUACAUGGAGUCUUCCGUUGACCCCUGUGUGGCCCAACCCAGGCACAUGGCCCAGGCUAACUUAAAGAGCUCCACAUUUUGGCUGAGGGCAAGUGUAGGAGCCACCGUGUUUGCAGUGCUGGGCUUUGCCAUGUACAGAGCCAUCAUCAAACAGCGAUGAUCAAUUAAGACAUAAAACAGAAGACGACAUCAUGACCCCUUAGUCUAUCUGGCCUUUGACCACUCAGACCCUCUCCUGGAAGACUGGAGGACCUCUAACAUCCCGCAAUCCUUUGCACCUGUUCUCCUAAAAGAGAUGAACUGAAUGACUGAAACCCCCAGCCCCUAUGGGAAAGACAACACGUAGAUUCAUUUUAUAGAUUUGAAACCGGGAGCAUUUUAUUUAAGUGGUCUUCACCACCAACUCACAACCUGUGUGAAUGGUACACCAUCAAGUAAAUCUACUGCAGCCAUUCUGAAAUCGUAUAUGAUCUGGUCUAGUCUUGGGAUUUUUCUUCUCCAGACAAGACAGUUGUAUUUGCUGGUUGUUUUACAUCUGUGUAAAGAAAACAGUCUUUUCUCAGGUCAGUAUUAGCCGGCUGGUUUACCACCAGAGCCAGAGGAAGCAAAGGAGGCAUCCUCUUCCAACUCACUACAAAAGGGACAGACAUUUUUGUUUAUAAAUGUGUUUGUAUGUGGGUAUAUCCAGUGCCUUCAGACAGAAUUCAGACACCUUCUCUUCAAAUGUUGUUGUGUUAUGGACUUUUUUGUUUCCAUCAAUCUACACACAAAAUAUGUGUAGAUUGGCUGUUUUUUAAGCUAGAAAACAGUUUUAAACAAUUCUAGCUUGGAGGUCUCCAGAAAGUUCCUUGCUCUUGACUUAGUUUUCUCUGACAUCAACUGUGAAGCGAGGGACCUUAUAUAGACAGUUGUGCCUUUCUAAAUCAUGUCCAAUUAUGUUUGCCACAGGAUGACCAAUCAAUUUCUAAAGACGAUCAAUAUCUCAAGGAUCAUCCACGCUCAAUUUGAAAGUUAAGGCAAAAGUUCGGAAUACUUCUGUGUAGAUUAAUGGCAAAAAAAUAUUUGAAAAAUUUAAAAGAAUAAAACGGGGAGAAAGUGAAGGGGUCUGAAUACUUUUCGAAGCCUGCGUGUG